GUGGAAGAAGAAAAAAACAAGACGGGCGGCUGUUUGCUCACAGGCUUCCGAUCCGGGCUACGCGGAGAUAAAAAUCAAUCACCACGUCUCGACUACCACGUCACUCACCGGAUUCCUUCUCGUACCUUUACGUUAGUUAGCCAGAGGUUAGCAUCUGGCUGCUAAUAAACGCCUCAUUUUCAAGAAAAGGGGGGAUUUUCACACCUUUCCUAGUCACAAUGAUAAAUGAAGACAUCAGGACGUUUGGAACAAGGCAGAUAUUCAUCUUCCAGCUUCAUGCUUUAUAGUGAUAAGUAAAGCAACAAGUAGAAGAAAUGUCCAUCAUGGGAAGGAUCAGCUUUUCGUGCCUUUUCCCAGCUUCGUGGCACUUCAGCCUCUCAUCCCAGGUUCUUCCUCGGCUCCUGAUACCAUCAAUCAGACAGCUGCUCUUCAUCAGUCUAGUGGUCUGCCUCAUAGGGCUGCUCUACCUGCUGCUUGUUGCUGGAAAGGGGCACGUCAGCUGGAUCACAAAGGAAAAUCACUUCCACAGGCAUUUAGCCAGGGUCACUGAUAUCGACGCAACAGACACAACCAACCCCAACCUGAACUACGGUCUGGUAGUGGACUGUGGCAGCAGUGGCUCCAGGGUGUUCGUGUACUGCUGGCCCCGGCACAACGGUAAUCCCCACGAACUGCUGGACAUCCGGCAAAUGCGAGAUCAGAACCGCAAGCCAGUGGUCAUGAAAAUCAAGCCAGGUAUUUCCGAAUUGGCUAAAACACCGGAGAAAGCCAGUGAUUAUAUCCCACUGCUGAGCUUUGCAGCCCAGCACAUCCCCAAACACAAGCACCAGGAAACACCCUUGUAUGUCCUGUGCACAGCUGGAAUGAGAAUCCUACCCGAAAAUCAACAGGAAGCACUUCUGGAGGAUCUGCGCACAGAUAUCCCAGUCCACUUCAACUUCCUCUUCUCGGAUUCCCACGUGGAAGUGAUUUCUGGAAAACAAGAAGGUGUCUAUGCUUGGAUUGGAAUCAACUUUGUCCUUGGAAGAUUUGACCAUGUGCACAAUGACGGCGAGGCUGUAGUGGAGGUACAUGUUCCAGGCGGCGAUCAGCAGGAGAUGCUGUUGAGGAAAAGGACUACAGGUGUCCUGGACAUGGGUGGUGUCUCCACACAGAUUGCGUACGAAGUGCCCAAAACUGAUGAAAUCGCCAAGAACUUACUGGCCGAGUUUAACUUGGGGUGUGACGUGCAUCGCACAGAGCAUGUGUAUCGUGUUUAUGUGUCCACCUUUCUGGGUUAUGGAGGAAAUGCAGCACGCCAAAGAUAUGAGGAGAAUCUCAUCAGAAAUACUGCAGCCCGAAACAGGCUCUUAGAUCAGCAUAUUGGUGAAACAGUGGAGUCUCCACUGCUGGACCCAUGUCUACCCACUGACCUGCAGGAUGAGAGGCCACCUACGCAGCACCUGUAUCUGCGAGGCACUGGAGACUUUGACCAGUGUAGGCAAAUUCUCCAGCCAUUCCUAAACCGCACCAAUGACACCCAAACCUCCCUCAAUGGCGUCUACCAGCCGGCAAUUGACUACAGCAACAGUCAGUUCUAUGGCUUCUCUGAGUUCUACUACUGCAUGGAGGAUGUGCUGCGCAUGGGUGGAGAUUAUAAUGCUUCGAAGUACGCCAAGGCUGCCAAGAGUUAUUGUGCCACCCAGUGGAAGAUUCUGAGGGAACGCUUUGAGUCUGGGUUAUAUGCCUCACAUGCAGAUCUCCAUAGAUUGAAGUACCAGUGUUUUAAAUCGGCAUGGAUGUAUGAAGUAUUGCACACAGGCUUCUCUUUUCCAACCAAUUAAAACCUAAAGACUGCUUUAUUGGUCUACGAUAAGGAGGUCCAGUGGACUCUUGGAGCUAUACUUUACAGAACACGGUUUCUGCCUUUAAGGGACAUCCAACAGGGCCUGAAAGGAGCGCACUCUCACUGGCGACACAGCUUCUUUGUCAACAAUCACUACUUAUUCCUGGCUUGCUUCUUCAUCGUUUUGCUUUCUAUUAUACUGUACUUACGGCGACUCCGCCGCAUUCAUCGGCGCACAUCGGCGUUGCACCCCUCGUCUGUACCGUGGCUGGAAGAGGGCCUUGGCUCGCCAACAAUCCUAUCAAUCUCUAAAAUUUGUAGAGCGUAA